UGGAAUUCACUAGAAGUAAUGUCAACAAUAUGAUUGUGGUUUGAAUGUUAUGAUACGAAACGGCAAAGCCAAAAUAUGCACUGCACGAAAGCAAAACAGGGCAUAGAAGAUGCUGAGGCUCGAGAGUUUGCUGAAAAACGAUGGAAAUAUGACGAGAGAGAACGUCAACGUAAGCGAUACUUAGAGGACGUAGAGCUUAGUCCGUCACAGGGAAGAAAAGUUAUUGAUUUGGCAGUAAAAGAUCUUGAUGACAGUGCUAAGAGAUUUUGUAUGUAUAUUGGAUCAUUUUCAGUGGCUCACUCAACACCAGGAACCCGAGCAGAAUUUGUGAAACUCCAGCUCUAUCAUUUGCGGGAACCCAGAGACAAAAAAACCAGUUUUGAGAUAUUCAUGGCACAUGCCUUGAAACGUAUAUCCUAUUCCACCUGUGAUCCUGCUAAUAGACAGUUCGCAUUUCUAGCUCGUAAUCCUAGUGGUCCGCUAGGAGUCCAGUAUUGCCACUGUUUUCUAACAAGAAGAAAAGAAGAGGCAGAAGAAAUUAAUGUUAUUAUUGGCAAAGCAUUUAAAGUGGCCUAUGCCAGCCUAAGAAGCAAGAAGAAAUUCUUUGAUCUAGUGACAGAGACUAACAGAGAACAUGCAGCUGACUUUGACUCUGUUGGUGAAAAAAUGCUAGAAAUUGAUCGACGGGAACAUCGAGUUUUAGCUAAAGAAUUAGAGAUUGCACGAUAUAAGCAUGAAAUAGCCAAUGAAUCAGAGAGACAAUUCAUAGUCGGUCAAGGAAAAGUAUGGGCAAAACAGAUAGUUGGCAGAGUAAAACAUAAAACACCCUACUUACAAGAGGAAGUAUUGACUGAUGUGGGGCUCACAAGGCCGGAUACCAAAGAAAAAAAACAAGACUCUCAUCCAAUGACAUCACCUGCCAAUGUACAAGACAUCCAGCCAUCAGCUCCACCUUUAUCUCCUGCAGAACAGAGGUUAUCUGAUGAACUAGUUACGAAGCAAACAAAACGAGGCAAACCUCUUCCCCCAGCGCCUUACUGCGACAUGGAAAUAUACAAUGAAUGGAAUCCUGAGGUUGAGCAUGGGACUCCAGUUUCCCCUCUUGUUGUUUCCCCAGAAACACACCCAAAAGGAAUGCAAAUUUUGCUUCAAGAUGAACAACCGCCACCUGCUUUAAGGGGUGUUAUACCUCGUAAUAAUCUUAAAGCUAAAAAAGGCCAAAUUUUACUUCAGGAUCAAACCCCACCCCCGCAAUUUCAGUAUCCUAUACAAAAUGCUAAUCAAACUGUUGAACAGGCUACCAAGGAAACACUUCCUGUUGAUGCUGCCCAAGACGAGGACCCUGCAAGCAGGUCAGAUGAAGUGCAAAGGUCAAAACCACCAGGUCAUCUAGGUCACAAGGUUGAAGUUGACAUCAAUGCUGUCAGGAGGUCUGUGACGACUGGGGAACCUGUUCCACCACCUCUACCAGCAAG